AUGUCUGUUGCGUGCGAUGAUUUAAUGGCUGAUCGACUAGCCAUGGUCAACCAAAUUCCAUCGAUGAGCCUGGCUACGACACUGUUUCCAGAAGCAAGGAAUCCCAAUGUGUCUUUUCCAGUGAACAACAUUGGUCUUAAGGACACACAAGUUGGAGGUGGCCUGCAGAAGCCACUACAAAGAGGUCACUAUCAACAUAUGUCUAAUAAGAAUGAAAAUAAGAAUCAUGAUGGACAAUCUGGUUACAAUCACGUUGAGCAUAGCAAGCUCGCAUAUGAGGGAUUGUCCAAGCAACAUCACGAUAGGGUUCAAUCUAAGACGCUAGGGGGCAUGAGAUCCCACCGCAUGGCCGGUUGA